CAUGGAUAUGCAUAUCGACGAUAUUAAUGAUCUUCCACAGUCAAAGACAGAAAAAAUGGAAGAUCACGAUGGAUUUGAAAUUCGCGGUAUAAUGGCUGUACCAAUACGUAAUAAUUCGAAUCGUGUUAUUGGAAUCGUUCAAUUGUUAAAUAAGAUAGAUAGAAAGAUGUUUUCGGAUAGUGACGUCAAUCUUGUUAAGGCUUUGUCAAUAUUUUUUGGAUUGGGAGUUCACAAUUGCAGAAUGUACGAGGAUGCAUGUACAUUAAUGGCGAAACAGUCUGUCGCUUUAGAAUGUUUGUCUUAUCACGCAGCAGCUAGUCAAGAAGAAACGGAUAAACUAUUACAGUCCGAAAUACCUACAUCCGUUGAUUAUGAUCUAUAUUCGUUUGGCUUUAGCGAUUUCAAUCUAACCGAUUACGAUACUGUUAAAGCGACUGUAAGGAUGUUUAUAGACUGUGGGGUAACAAAAAGAUUUAGCGUUUCGUAUGAGACGGGGAAAAUGGAAAAAUACGUUAAUGAUAUAGAAAUGUUUGCCUUGUUAGUGGCUUGCUUAUGCCAUGAUCUAGAUCAUAGGGGAACGAAUAAUGCUUUCCAAAGCAAAGUCGAAUCCCCUUUGGCUCAAUUGUAUUCAACUUCUACUAUGGAACAUCAUCACUUUGACCAGUGCAUUAUGAUUUUAAAUAGCGAUUGCAAUAACAUCUUUAGUUCAUUGUCUUCUCAGGAAUAUAGGAGAGUCGUUAAAAUUAUUGAAAGUGCCAUACUAUCCACUGACCUAGCUUUAUAUUUCAAGAAAAAGAAUCAAUUUAUGGAACUAGUCAAUAAAGGUGAACAAAAUUGGGGUGAACCCAGUAAAAGGGAUUUGUUGAGAGGCAUGAUGAUGACGGCUUGUGAUGUUGCUGCUAUAACGAAACCCUGGGAAAUUCAAAAGGAAGUUGCUUUAUUAGUUGCCGGAGAAUUCUUUGAACAAGGCGAUCUGGAAAGAUCAAGAUUAAAUUUGGAACCAAUGGCAAUGAUGGAUAGGACUAAAAAAGAUGAUCUUCCAAAAAUGCAAGUUGGAUUUAUAGAUUCAAUAUGUUUACCAUUAUAUAAGGUAUGUAUAUAG